ACGGCUGAAAGAAGAAAACAAAGGGGAGGAUGAAUGCGAACACGUGAAACGGGAAGGCCAUCGACGUGAUUGGAAACAAAGCUCGGGACCCAUGGGAGGCAUCUCUCUUCCCGAGCUCUAUUCCGUUUUGCUCCGUAAGCAAAACCACUCUCCUCCUUGUAAAUCCCCGAAGCAAACCACAAGGAAGCCCGCGCGAUGUCUUCGAGGUCGCUCUCCUCCUCAGCAUAAAUCCCGACUCCGCCGUAGAUCUCUCCACCUCCAGCUUCGUUCGAGAUCCUUUCGAUCGGUAGUGGAGUCUUCGUGUACUUUCCUGGAGAUUGGAGAGAUGGAUUUGGCUCGUGGUCUGCCACAAUCCAAUGCCUUUAAUCAUGGUGUUGGUUUGAGUUCUGGGACAGUGAAUUCUUGGCUCAGGAAUAGAAGAAGCAGUUAUAAUUUUCUUGGAGAAACUAGGGUUUUCUAUAAAUUAUGUUCUUUGAGGAGCGGAAAGGGUGGAUCUGUUGGUGGUCGUAUGAUGCUAAGUACAGCUUGUGGGGGAGAUUUUGGUGAUUUCUUUCGUCUCUCUCGGCAGCAGAGAUCUUUAGAUUUUAAUAUCUUGAACCCUCGAAAACUUUCGAAGGCAUUAUUUAUGUUCCAGUGCCAGAAAAAUGAUUCUUUAGCAUAUGUUGAUGGUAACAGUCAAGAUAUUAGAAAAACUGAAAGCUCUUCAAGCGAUGAGCAAAAGCAUCCGCAUGAGGGUAGGGGUGUAGGAUCCAAAUCUGUUGUAGAGCCAAAUGAUUCGGGGGAGGAGGCAAAGGAAACCUAUCAAGUGGAGGAUCUGAGGGAAGUGCUACAAGAAGCACUCAAGGAACUGGAAGUCGCUCGACUUAACAGUACAAUGUUUGAAGAAAAGGCACAAAGAAUAUCGGAAUCUGCAAUAUCCUUAAAGGAUGAAGCAGAAAGUGCCCGGGGGGAUGUUACUUCUGCUGUUUUUACCAUUCAGGAGAUUGUUAAUGAAGAGAAUAUUGCUAAAGAAGCUGUACAGAAAGCCACCAUGGCACUUUCCAUGGCUGAAGCCAGGCUGCAGUUAGCAAUAGGAGCUUUGGGUUCCAAAAUGGAACAAGAAGAAUCACCUGAAACUUCUAUGCAGAAGAAUGAGGAAGAAGCACUCUUGUCUGCCCAGGAAGAGAUUGAGGAUUGUCGGGCAUGCUUGGCAAAGUGCGAGGCAGAAUUGAGACAAAUUCAGGCCAAGAAAGGAGAACUGCAGAAGGAGGUAGACAGAUUGAGUGAGGUUGCUGAGAAGGUUCAGUUGAAUGCUUUACAGGCUGAGGAGGAUGUGGCUAAUAUAAUGCAUCUGGCUGAACAGGCGGUGGCUUAUGAACUGGAAGCUACUCAGCGUGUGAAUGAUGCAGAGCUUGCAUUGCGGAGAGCUGAGAAGGCUAAUGUUUCUGCUGAUGCUGCAGAGCAGCAAGCUGUGUCUUCCCAAGAGCAGCUAAACAAUGAAGAACCUCCUGUUCUGGAGGAGGCAAGCAAGGAUGCUGGAGGUGAUAUUACUACUGAGGGAGAUGAGAAGAUCGAAGAUAAUUUAUUGGCUGGUGAUAUAGCUGUUAAAAGCAUUGAAGAACUCAAAUCAUCUGAUGACAUUGAUGGUCAAGAGAAUGGGAAGUUGAGUUUGGAUUCUCAGAAGGAAGUAGAGGCUGAGGUGGAAAAGUCAAAGAAUGUCCCACAGGCAAAGAAGCAGGACAUACAACAGAAGGACCUGACCAAGGAGAGUUCUUCGCCUCUAAAUGCCCCCAAAACAUUGUUAAAUAAAUCAUCUCGGUUCUUUUCUGCAUCAUUCUUUUCUUUUAAGGGAGAAGGAAAAGAAGUCACACCUGCAUCAGUCUUCCAUGGGCUUAUUAUUUCUGCAAGGAAUUAUGCACCCAACCUGGUUCUUGGAAUAGUGUUUCUUGGGAUGGGGGUUUUCUUUCUUAAUAAUCGAGCAGAAAAGAAUUCUCAUUUGCUUUAUCAGCCAGAUAUAGUUACUGGUAUUGAAGAAGUUGCUUCAACUGCAAAGCCUGUCGUUCGAGCAAUAAAGAGGAUACCAAAAAGAUUAAGAAAACUUGUUGAGCUCUUACCUCAAGAAGAGAUAAAAGAAGAAGAAGCUUCCCUUUUUGAUGUGCUAUGGUUACUUCUAGCUAGUGUUGUAUUUGUACCAAUAUUCCAGAAAAUACCUGGAGGUAGUCCUGUACUUGGAUAUCUUGCUGCUGGUAUCCUGAUUGGUCCUUAUGGGCUAUCUAUCAUCCGCCACGUUCAUGGGACAAAGGCAAUUGCUGAAUUUGGAGUGGUGUUUUUGCUGUUCAAUAUUGGGCUUGAGCUUUCUGUGGAAAGACUUAGCUCGAUGAAGAAAUAUGUUUUUGGGCUAGGCUCUGCUCAGGUUCUGGUGACUGCUGUAACGGUUGGCCUAAUUGCUCACUUUGUUUCUGGGCAACCAGGCCCUGCAGCUAUUGUCAUUGGUAAUGGUCUAGCGUUGUCAUCUACAGCAGUUGUCUUGCAGGUGCUGCAAGAACGAGGGGAGAGCACAUCACGGCAUGGGCGUGCUACAUUUUCUGUGUUACUCUUCCAGGACUUGGCAGUGGUGGUUUUGCUGAUACUGAUACCUCUUAUUUCACCAAACUCUUCCAAAGGAGGGGUUGGUUUCCAAGCAAUAGCAGAAGCACUUGGACUUGCUGCAGUGAAAGCGAUAGUUGCUAUCACUGCCAUAAUUGCUGGAGGGCGCUUGUUUCUUCGGCCGAUCUAUAAGCAAAUUGCAGAAAACCAGAAUGCAGAGAUUUUUUCGGCAAAUACCCUCCUUGUUAUUUUAGGAACGAGUCUUCUUACAGCACGGGCUGGACUCUCUAUGGCUUUAGGAGCAUUCUUGGCUGGUCUCCUGUUAGCAGAAACAGAAUUUUCAUUACAGGUUGAGUCAGAUAUUGCCCCCUAUCGUGGCCUUCUGCUAGGGCUGUUUUUCAUGACAGUUGGAAUGUCAAUUGAUCCAAAACUACUCAUUUCAAACUUUCCAGUCAUUCUUGGGACAUUAAGUCUGUUGAUUGCUGGAAAGGGUAUACUGGUUGCCUUUGUUGGUAGAAUGUUUGGCAUUUCAAGUAUAGCUGCAAUAAGAGUUGGCCUUCUGCUUGCACCUGGUGGGGAAUUUGCCUUUGUUGCUUUUGGGGAAGCUGUAAAUCAGGGCAUACUCUCUUCUCAACUUUCAUCUUUGUUGUUCCUGGUUGUUGGUAUCUCAAUGGCUCUUACGCCUUGGUUAGCAGCUGGAGGUCAGUUUCUUGCAUCUAGAUUUGAGCAGAAUGAUGUUAGAAGACUGUUACCAGUAGAAAGCGAGACUGAUGACCUGCAAGAUCAUAUUAUCAUAUGUGGAUUUGGCCGUGUUGGACAGAUCAUAGCACAACUCCUUUCAGAGAGGUUAAUUCCAUUUGUUGCUCUCGAUGUUAGAAGUGACCGGGUGGCAGUUGGACGUGCACUUGACCUUCCUGUGUAUUUUGGGGAUGCAGGGAGCCGGGAGGUUCUUCAUAAAGUGGGAGCUGAGAGAGCUUGUGCUGCUGCUAUAACUUUAGAUACUCCUGGUGCAAAUUAUAGAACUGUUUGGGCACUGAGCAAGUAUUUUCCAAAUGUAAAGACAUUCGUUCGGGCCCAUGAUGUUGAUCAUGGCGUUAAUUUGGAGAAGGCAGGUGCAACUGCGGUUGUCCCAGAGACCUUGGAACCAAGUCUCCAAUUAGCAGCUGCUGUUCUUGCACAGGCCAAGUUGCCGAUGUCAGAGAUUGCAGCAACAAUCAAUGAGUUCCGAAACCGUCAUCUCUCUGAGCUAACAGAGUUAUGUGAGACAAGGGGAAGCUCGCUUGGAUAUGGAUUUUCACGGGUUAUGUCUAAACCAAAGCCUCACACUUCAGAUGCUGACGAGAAUGAAGUUGCUGAAGAAACAUUGGCAAUCUAAUUAUUUAUGAUUACAAAAUUUUUGAAAACUGUAUAGCUGAUAAUUCAUUCCAAAAGCUAGAAUUGUAUAGACAGAUAAGGAAAACAGUUAGCGCACUCCAUUAAAGGGUAAAAUUUUGUUCAAAUUUUUCAAUGAAUCCUAUGAUAUAGUGUACCAUUGCCCUUGUACUUCAGGUAUCAUUUCGGUA